AUGGAAAUCGCUAUGGAAACUCUCGCCGCUUUAAGACUGAGUGAAGGAGACAGCGGAGAAUCCAUCAUGAGAUGGAGAGGCGCAAGACGCGAGAAGGCUAUCGGGAUUGGCUGCUGCAUUUCUGGGAGGGGGGCUCACUCUACUGGGGGAGGUUCUUCAGCUCAGAAGAAGAAUGGCAGAGGUCCUGGAAUAGGGGUGAAGCCUGGAGAUGGCCUUCACCUUGAGAUACAUGACAACAGGAUCGUCACACCACAGGCUGCCCAUGAACUCACUACUAUCUUCAAAAGGGGCAUCAUUGGUCCAUGGAUUAAGUUCUCGGAGUACCCUGCUUCUGCUUUGCAGACCGUGAUUGCUCGUUUCAAGGAAUCUGGGUUCACAUGCUCUCUUUCAGAAGAAGAACUCAAUGUUCAUCUCAAGGAACACAUCAAGAGGAACUUUUCCCAGUGGAUGUAUGGGUUCCGCAACCGAGUCUUUAAUCAAUAUCCUACCCUUGCUGAAAGGAUUAACAAUCCACCUACUGAAAUCCCUGCUUAUAUUUGGAGGGAAAUGGUUAACAAGUGGAGUGAUCCAAACUGGAAGAGCACCAGUGAUAAGAACAAAGCCAAUCGUGAGAAGUCUGAGCUCACUACUACUGGCGGAUCAGUUCCCAUGGCGAAGUUUAGGCUUGAUCAGAUCAAGAAGACGGGAAAAGAACCAGAUCAUGUAGAGACAUUCAAGAAGUUCCAUGUGAAGAAGGGCAAUGGUGAAUUCACCACCCCAAAAGCUCAGACCAUACAUGCUGAAUUGAAGAAUAAGGAAGCUGAGAAGUUGAGUCAAGGGGAAGAGGUGAACCAGUUUGCGAUUUAUGGUGAGGUUGUAGGAAAACAGCCUAGGAAACGUGUGUUGGGAAUGGGUUAUGGGGUAACUGGUGUGGAUGUUUUUGGCCCUACCUCCGGUCAGGGCUGCAGCAAAAGGUGUGAAGAGGACCGAAGGCAAGAGAAGGCGAAGAAUGAUGAGAUGAUAAGAAUGCUGAAAGAAGAGCUAGUGCAGGUGAAGAAUGGAAUUCCUCAGAUUGUCGAGGAUACAUUGAAGAGGCUAGGAGUUACUUUGGCAGAGCUGGAGACAAGGGGGGUGAAUGAUGAAGAUGAAGAUGGAGACGAGGAAGUGAAUGAUGAAGAUGCGGAUGCUAUUGAUGAUGAGAACAGCUCCCCCUGAUGAUGAUGAUGAUUACUAAGUUUGCAGCGCUUGGAAGAAGGCAGCAGUAGGAACUUUGCAAGUUCCAAUUUUCAAUCGGAAGUUUGCAGCUAGGAAGAAGGCAGUCUUAGGAACUUUGCAAGUUCCAUUUUUCAAUCGGAUUAUGUUUAUGUUUAUGUUUUGUUUUGUUAAGUGUUUGGUUGUUUUGUUUUAUGUUUGAACAAGUGUUGAAGGUGGUCUCCGUUUAAGACAGUUUUGGUGGU